AUGGAGUUCAAGGUUGUGUUCAUGACGUCGCUUUUGGUUAGUGUUGCUCUGGCUGCUCCAAAAAUGGUGUCGCAUGACGGUGAGACCACUGCAACAACCACCGCUUCACCCAUUAAACCUGGUGAGUAUUACAUAUUUGAGCUAAUAGAUUCGCAACAAAAGAGGUGUUUAAAGCGAGCGGCAGGGAUCUCACGGCUGACCGUAAGCCUCAGGUUUAUGGACACGGCUAGCGCUGCCUUUUGGGCCGCUCCCGGCCACCUGGAACGGGGAAAUCUGGAAAGCGACACGUCCAGUACGAUUUCUUUUGCAGCGGGGCAUUUGCUCGACGUUUUUUAAGCCCGGCCCAAAACAAGUCGAGCUGAAACGGUUAUUUCCCAGACUUCGACAUAGCUACUGUCGAGGUGGCAACCUGGACUCUUUCAGAAGCUCAGAGCCGGCUGGAUUGUCACCCCAAGUCACCACCUUUAACCCCAAAGUUUAUUCGCCGAGAAUGUAUUAUAUUAUAACAUCAUUACUCUUUCUCUAGACGCACCAAUCGGAAACCACAAGGAUUGCCGUCGACCAACUUUCUACGCAUGUUCAACAUCCUGCCAAGACCUAGGCUAUGCCACAGGGCAUUGCAAGAUCAUCGAUGGCGAAAAGAAGUGCGUCUGUACUGAUAAGUGGUAAACGUGAAAAAAAACCAAUUUAUUAUAGUAUUGCAAGCAAUAAACAUCAAUCAUCAAUCAGUCUUUGACUUUUUGGUUUUGGGGUUCGUAUAAUUAAAGAGGUUAAGUUCUAAAUUUCGUAAGUAAAUUUACGGUUAAGUCGAUGGUUUGUGUCAUCGAAUUGAUUUUCUUCUCCAUCCAUUUCCCCGAUUGAAAAGAAUUCCUCAAAGAUUCUUUUCUGAAGUCUUUAUGAAAUCAACUUUGUUCUUGUCAUACUAACUAUUACUUCUCAGCUGCCCUACCUCCAAGGGCUUGGCCGGUGAUUUGUUGAGAAAAGCCGACAAAGGAGUCGGUAAGGGAUAG